UGCAUUUUUUUAUUGUAAGUGGAAUUUUCUUCCAUACAUAGCUGUAUUUAAUCAACACUAAGGCGAUUAAGCAACCGAUUAGCUUUAAUAACCAGGGGGCGCCAUUCCUCAAAACAUACAAACAAAAAACAGCGGGACAAAGAGCGACGAACCUGUGCGUUUAGUACCUGCCAAAGCAUCAAUCACAGCCCCUCCCUCCUUUCUGUCUUGUCCUUUUCCAUGCAUCACCACUAACGCGUGGCUUUAGGACGGACUUUACGCGUCUUUUUGUCUUCUGAUUGAUCGCAAUAUGACAGACUUUGAUCUCUAGUCACUGCAUUAACUUUUCGAGAGCGCACCGGACAAAAGUCGGUCCAGACCACACUGUGUGGUCAGAAGCUCCAGCACUGCAGCAGAUUCACGCUUGGGAAGCAUCACAGAGAACAGCUGGCUGCCUAAGCCAUUAGCUCGCUUGGCUUCAGUCCUCUAGCAUAGCAUAAUAGGCUAUAGUAAACCUGCAGGCACCUCCGCACCUUCGCCUCGUGGAUAAUGUGGAUUCAGAUGAUGCUGGACCAUUGCUGGCUCUCACAAGACCACUGACCGGACACAGGAUGCUUAGCAAGGAAUAAUGACCCCCGCCCCCACUCCCCCCCUCCAUCUCCGUACGCACAGACACACAACCCCCCCUCCACCCCUCUCCAUCCUUCCAUCCCCUCCCUUCCUUUCUCCCAUCCCUCUUUUCUACUCUCAUUUUUCCCCUGCCCCACUACAACAAACAUGGCCGCGAAAUCGGACGGAAUCGCCGCCGUGUCCGUGCUGCCCGAGAGUCCGGCACCGAGCCCCGCGGUGAAGCGCUACUCUCUGCCGGACUGCUGCUGGACUCUCGCCGCCCUGCUCGUCUUCUUCUCGGACGGCGCCUCGGACCUGUGGCUGGCCGCCGACUACUACCUCAGGCGGGACUACUGGUGGUUCGCGCUCACGCUCGUCUUCAUCGUCGUGCCCUCCGUGGUGGUACAGGCGCUCAGCUUCCGCUGGUUCGCAUACGACUACGCCGAGGAGGAUGGCGGCGGGGGCGGCGCAGCAGCGGCGGCGGCGGUGGUGGCCGCGGCCGGCGCAGAGAGCCACCUCCUUGGCGGAAAGGGCGCCGAGCAGCGCGGGGCUGGGGCUGCAGUCCGGAGCAGCGGUGGCGGAGGGAGGACGUGCUGCAGAGCCUGCGUGUGGCUCUUCCAGAGCCUAGUGCACAUCCUGCAGCUGGCUCAGGUCUGGAGGUAUGUCCAUGCCCUCUAUCUGGGGGUGCAGAGCCGAUGGCGAGGGGACCAUUCGUACUGGCGCAUGAUGUUUGAAAGUGCAGACAUCAGCAUGCUGCGGCUUCUGGAAACCUUCCUGAAGAGCGCUCCUCAACUUGUCCUGCAGCUCAGCAUCAUCGUCCAGACCAGCCAAGUACUCCCUUUACAAGGCCUCUCUGCUUCUGCCUCCUUGGUGUCUCUGGCCUGGAUGGUGGCGUCCUACCAGAAGGCUCUACGGGACUCCCGCGACGACAAGCUGCCAAUGUCUUAUAAAGCAGUAGUGGUCCAGAUGUUGUGGCACCUGUUCACGGUGGGGGCACGUACCAUGGCCUUCGCACUGUUCGUCUCCAUCUUCCAGCUUUACUUCGGCAUCUUCAUUGUGGCUCACUGGUGCGCUAUGACCUUCUGGAUCAUCCAGGGUGAGACAGACUUCUGCAUGUCCAAGUGGGAGGAGAUCAUCUACAACAUGAUGGUGGGCAUUGUGUACGUGUUCUGCUGGUUCAGCGUGCGCGAGGGGCCCACACGGUGCCGGCUGCUGCUGUAUAGCCUCAUAGUGCUGGCGGAGAACGUGGCCCUCACUGCAGCUUGGUAUCUUUACCGAGGGCCGCGGACCUCCGACUUCUACGCUGUGGUGGUGGUGUGCGUGGUGGCUUGCAGCUACGCUCUGGGCACAUUCUUCAUGUUUGUGUAUUACUGUCUGCUGCACCCGGAUGGCCCCGUAUCGGCUGGCAACUUGGGAUGUUGUUUGGAGGAGGCCAGGGCUGUUUCAGAGCCUUGUCCUUCAUCAGCAGUCUCCGUCCCUCCUCCAGACGUGGUCAGCAGCCCCCCUAGGACGUUGCAGAGGACUAAAGGAGGAGCAGAGCAGGAAGCAGGAGGGGAGGGUGCUGAUGUGUUUCAAGUGCGCCCUCCUGCUGGUUUAAGGACCCCUGCACCCCGCCUCACCCCAAAGACAGAGGGUCCUGUCAUUCGCAUUGACCUGCCUAGGAAGCAGUACCCUGCCUGGGAUGCUCACUUCAUUGACCGCAGGCUGCGCAAGACCAUCUUAGUCCUAGAAGCUGCGUCCCCGGUCACCCCCAGGAUCCAGUACCGCUGCCUAGGCACACCUAAGGAGGUGAUGGAGUACGAGACAACGGUGUGAACCCACCAGAUACUUUUCCUCAAGUUUGGCCGCCUGCCAAACUCUCAUACUCCAAAUGCAAGGUCCAGCCACGACAGCGUGCGGAGCGAGGCCCUCCUGGCUUAAUUUGGCAGAGCUGACGCUGGCCUAAGGCAGGGAGAGAAAAAGAGACAGAACAAGCAGUGCUAGCCAAGUCUCUGAAUGGCAUGACCUCUUUCUUUGAUCCGUUCCAUCUGUAGAAGUAUCUGUUAUAGUGUUCUGAGUGCUCUUUGGUGGUGACACCCACCAUUGAAUUAUCGCAGGUCACUGGAUCAGAGGACGAAGUGGUCAAAAGUCAGAUUACAGGUAAUUUCAAGCAAGUCCUGCCGAUAUAUAGAGAAGAAAGGUAACAAAGAUAAGAGGACACUACAAGGGAUAUGGUAUAUGUAUGCGGUACAGUAUGUUUGCAAUGAUGGUGCUUUAAAAUGUCUUCAUAAAGAAAGCAACUUUACUUGGAUGUUAAUAAGCCCUUAUGGCAGUUAUUUGCCUGAUGCUGAGCUCCAGUUGGUAGUUAUUUAUGGAGUCUGAGAUGUCAUAGCUUUUAGGUAAGGUACAGUGUAUGAAUAGUUUCAUUCAAGGCCUUAAUCAGCCCAUGUAGGAAAGUCAUGCAGCAUUUAGAAAAAAAGGACCAGGCCGGAAAAAACAAACAAACAAGAAAUAACACAAAAAAACUGAAUUUUGUCUCAAGGAUAGACAAUACUUAUCUGACUGACCCAAGACAUUCCUUUAAAAUGAAAGUGAUUACAAGGGUACUUCUGCAGUCUUUCACAGAUGAUGUCUAAAAGAUAACAGGGCUCAGAUGUUUAAAGUUCUAGCUGGUCUUUAGUGCAUCUGCGAUGAUACUUCAGUGUAUGUUUACAUGUUUAUAAGUAAUCCUCUUUUUUAUGAUUAAGAACAAAGUUCAGAUCAUGGUUCCAUGGUCAUGAAGAUUGGAUCAACCUGUGCAAUAAAAACAGAAAUGCUUGGAUUGUAAAUCUCCAAUUUGAAGUGUUUUUAGUCACCAUCAUACAGUAUUGUGCAAAAGUCUUAUGCCAUCUGAGAAAAUGAUAGGGAAAGUCCAUUUAUCUGGACAGUCAGUGCUUAUUUGUUUGAAAAAACAAUAGUAUUAAAUACAAACUGACAACUUUUUUUAAAAAUCAUACAAUUGUGAUUUUAAAGUACUGUGCAGAAGUUAGAGACCACCCUUCAUUUAUUUAAGUUCCAUUUAAAAUAGCCAUUAAGUACAAGUUAUUCAUUUUACAGUGUUACAAAAACAAUUAUACAGAAGCCUCAACCACUAAAUAUAUCAGUUUUGCGUCCACUGCUUGGCUUAAUUACAUCUUCCAUUCUUUCCAAAUUGCUUUCAGUUCUUUGGUGACAAUUUUGGUAGUCCACCAGGUCAUGCAUCACUUUAGGGGUCCAAUUUUAUCUGCAUCUUUUGAUAUUUUUGUAAAUCUAGUUUUGGAAAUUCUUUUUUUUUUACUUUGACUUUUCUUUGCAGGUGCAUUGAUGUACGUGUAAUUACCUGACAAAUAUCUCCUGAGAAAUGGAUAACUUGUACUUCAGUUCAAUAAAUGUAAUAAAUAAAGGGUGCACAUUUCCAAAGCUCUCCUUGAAGAAACUCAAAAUUUACAGUUAUCAUCUAAUACUUAGUUUAGCUAAUCAAAAAACGUGAGUCUCUUUUGAAAACAAGAAUGUCUUGUGAACUUUUAAUGCAUUUAGGUCAUUGUUGUAAUGUUUGAUAGUGUUGGUAAGCAUAAGCACACUGAGAUAAAUCAUUUUAAACAGUAAACUAAUGAGACUUUUGUUACAGUACUGUAUCUAUACAUUUUUCUGUAUCAUUUCACUGGUUAGAUACAUUGCAUACAGUGCCCUGAAAUGGACUGUGCACCUCUCCACAUUUGUGGUACAUAACAUUGUGCCUCAUUCACCAGUAUUUUAAUUUGAUUACAUUUUAUUUCUUCUUGAGAAAAGUGCUAAGAAGAAGUCUACAUCGGAUUCAUGACAUGUUCUUAUUGUUUGCACCUUUGCCAAUGCCAAAAUAAGAGAAGUGGAUUUUAAGAAGACAUUUCUUCUUAAGAAUGGUUGGUGAAUGAGGCCCAUUUUCCUUUACAUGCCACCUCUAAAUGGAUUGCCUUUCACCUCUCUGUGUGACACCAACACACACAAUCCACUCAAUGACAACUGUAUCUCAAGUUCCUUCUGUAAGUAUAUAAGUGAUGUAUUCAAGCUCUUUCUUGUAAAGAUGAAACAAACAGAAAAAUUUGAUGAUAAACAAUCAAAAGAGAUUUAGGAGAUGGUACAUAAAAUGCACAGCAAGGCUGAUGAGCUAUUGGCUAGAAAGACCACUCAUGACUCUAUGGAGCUUAAAAGAAGGUUUCACUGAAAGUUCAAAUUUAUGCAGUCCCUCUCCCUUAUCCCAAACAUCAAACUACCAAGAUUUUUUUUUAAGUUUGCUUUUUUAGUUUUUCACAGGAGCUAGGAGGCGAGUACCAUAGAAGUUUGAGGACUUCUGUUAUUCUAGAUUUUGCGUCUUUAGCUGUGGAACUUUAAGGCUAAUGUAGCUUACAAACACCAGAAGUCAAUAGUCACCCAAAUCUUUUUUGUUUAUACACCCCCAAAAAAAUCUAGGCCUUGGCUAAGGUUGUGCCAACUUGCCAGUGUAGUUUAAAGCACAGUAUGACUCACUGUGAGCUAAAAAACAUUAACAAAACUUCACUGUACACACAGCUUACUUUUGUUAAUGUUUGUAGUUCUCAAUGAGUCAUGCUGUGUCCUAAACUACAGUGACAUAUCUGUGUGACUUUAUUUAAGAGCUUGAUGCAGUUUGAGUGAGAUUUAGUGUGUAUUUACUGACAGGAUUUGGGUGACUACUGACUUCUAGUAUUCUUUUGCAACAUUAGCCUUAUAUCUUCCGUUCUAAUUUAUUGAAAGAACAGUUCAGACAGCAAACAUGUCUUGGUCAGUUGGCUAUGUUUGAGGUCAGGGGGAAAUCUGGAUAACUUACUUUGUUCACUAAACCACUCCUUUAAGACUGAAAUGUUAUUGGGUCAGUGCAGUAUUUUGUAGUAAUAUGGCUUUUGUGGCGCUGGAAAAAUUGGUGCAUCCAUAGACACAGAAACGUACUGUUUCACUUCAGCAUUAUCUUUACACGCACUGUCUCAGUACUGUGUUACCAUGUUGGUGCUAGCUGUAACACAUCAGCACAGCCUACUGUAUGCUGUACUAGAUCAAUUGAGACCAUACUGGUACACUGGUUUAUGCUGGAUUUUACUUCAGACACAUUAGCUAGACGUAAAGCCUUACACUGCUCAUGUCAGACUGUGACUACUGUACAAAAAAAAUCAGCCAUGUGUGUGUGUUAUUUGGAAAAUAAAAACAGUGUGUUUACUGGCCUGACCAAA